CCAUAAAUAGACAGAGCUUCCCAUUCAUUUCUAAAUUACAAAUUACAACAAUGGACGUCGAUAUCACAUUCCUCCUCGUCGCAUUCUCUCUCAUACUUUCCUUCUACUUCAUCCUUAACAAAAAACCCAAUGCUUCCAAAUCUCUAAACCUCCCACCAGGCCCACCAAAGCUACCCAUCAUCGGAAACCUCCACCAGAUGGCCGGAGCACUGCCACACCAUGCAUUACGUGACUUAGCUAAGAAAUAUGGUCCCAUCAUGCACAUGGAACUUGGCCAGGUCUCUACCAUCAUCGUCUCAUCACCUCGUUUUGCCAAAGACGUCUUCAAAACCAAUGAUCUCGCUCUCGCCAGCCGCCCCUACUCACUACUCGCUGAUAUUAUGUUGUACGGGAGGUCCGAUGUUGCUUUUGGCCCUUACGGUGAUUACUGGCGACAGAUGAAGAAGAUCAUCACAGUCGAACUCUUAAGUGCCAAAAAGGUUCGAAAGUUUAGUAGUUUCAGGGAGCAAGAAGUUGAUCAUCUCAUCGAGUUCAUUCGAUCGUCAUGUGGAAAGCCUGUAAUCUUACGUAACAAGGUAACGAAAAUGAUCAACAACAUCGUAUGCAAGUCGUCGUUUGGUGGUAACUGCAAACAACAAGAUGUAUUGCUCGAAUUGGUGGACGAGUUGGGGAGAUUGGUGAGUGGGUUUUAUGUUGCAGAUCUGUUUCCUGAGUUUGGGUUCCUUUCGGUCAUUUCUGGAUUGAAAUCCAAGCUGAUGAAGAUUCACAAACGUCUUGAUAAGAUUUUUGAUGAUAUUUUUGACGAACGGAAAUUUAAAAGACAAAGUAAUGGGGAAUCAGAAGGUGAUCUUCUUGAUGUUCUUUUCACUAUCAAAGAGAGCGGUGGCCUACAAAUCCCCAUCACAGACAACAACAUCAAGGCUGUCUUUGAGAAUAUUUUUGUUGGAGGCACUGAUACAAGUGCUAUGACAAUCGAAUGGGCAAUGACAGAAUUGAUGAGAAACCCCAAUGUGAUGCAGAAGGCACAAAAAGAAGUGAGAGAAACAUUUAAGGGAAAGAAGAAAAUUAGUGAAAUCGAGUUAGCAGAUUUGGUUUACCUGAAAUACGUAAUCAAAGAAACUCUAAGGCUUCACCCUCCUCUCCCUCUACUACUCCCAAGGGAAUGUAGAGAACAAUGUCAGAUUGAUGGUUAUGAUAUACCAGUGAAAAUGAAAGUGAUUGUCAACGCUUUUGCAUGCGCAGUUGAUCCUGAAUACUGGGAUGAUGCAGAAAGUUUCAAACCAGAGAGAUUUGAAAUGUCUUCUAUUGAUUUCAUGGGUACAAACUUUGAGUUUGUUCCAUUUGGUUCAGGGAGGAGAAUGUGUCCUGGGAUUAAUUUUGGUUUGACUUCUAUCGAGUCUGCUCUUGCUCAAAUGUUAUACUAUUUCAACUGGAAACUUCCUUCUGAAUUAAUCCCUAAAGAUAUUGAUAUGACAGAAAAUGAUGGAGGUGUUGCAACAAAGAAAGUUCCGUUGAUGGUAACGCCAAAUCUAUAUUCUCCAUUUUAACAAGAACUUGAAAAAAAAUUAAGACAAAAAGUUGUUGAGCGAUAUGAGUACUGUUGGAGUUAAAUCAGAAUAAAGAGCAAAGGGCAUUUAGGAAACUUUCCUUAUUUUAGCAUUAGUUUUUAUCUGUUCCUCUGUAUUGGAAUUAGACUAGGUAUCAAUUUUAUUUAGUAUAGAUAGGAGUAAGCACGUUGAUGUUUUCAUUUAGUUUUUGGUUCUGAUAAGUAAUAAAACUUAGAGAGCAAGUUUAUUUUACCUACCAUUCCCUUGUUCUUCUUCUUCUUUUCCUGUCUAUGCUUCUUCUUUUGUCCCUAUGUUAUACAAAUU